AAGGCAAAAUAAGGACACAAACCGCAGUAGGAUAUUAGGCUGCGCCUGAGCACCUGCUGAGCGGAUGGAGCGCUUUGUUCGUGUUCCCUAUGGCUUGUACCAGGGCUAUGGGAACACAGUACCUUUAGGCCAGCCCGGACUCUCAGGGCACAAACAGCCCGACUGGAGACAAAAUAUGGGUCCCCCCAUUUUCCUGGCUAGGCCAGGGCUGCUGGUGCCCGCGAACGCCCCUGACUACUGCAUGGACCCUUACAAGAGCGCGCAGCUUAAGGCCAUUCUCUCCCAGAUGAACCCCAGCCUGAGCCCGCGGCUGGGUAAAGCCAACACCAAGGAGGUGGGCGUGCAGGUGAGCCCGCGGGUGGACAAGGCUGUGCAGUGCUCGCUGGGGCCUCGCACCCUGAGCAGCUGCUCCUCCUGGGACGUCAGAGAUCCCCGGGGCCCCCUGCCAGCCUGUGGGGUCACUUCGCCUGCCACCGGCCACAGGGGCUUGAUCAGCCUGCGGAGGGAUGAGGAUGACAGGGAGAGCAAGGCACUCCUGGGCCCUGCGGAGGCCAGCCAGCCGCGGUCACCACCACCAAGGUCAGAAGCUGACAGGCAGGAGGAAUCCGGGCAGCUGGAGGAAUCGGGGGAGAAAGACGCCCUGCGCUCUCAGGAAACCAAGAGCAAGCAGGCGCCUGGAGACACUGCCGCCAAGCCGCUCCGGAGGCCUAACUUCCAGUUUCUGGAACCAAAGUACGGCUAUUUUCACUGCAAAGACUGUAAGACCAGGUGGGAGAGUGCUUACGUGUGGUGCAUUUCUGGAACUAACAAGGUUUAUUUCAAACAACUCUGUUGUAAAUGCCAAAAGAGUUUUAACCCUUAUCGAGUAGAAGCAAUCCAAUGUCAGACCUGCUCAAAGUCUCAUUGUUCCUGUCCUCAAAAGAAAAGACACAUUGAUCUAAGGAGGCCUCAUCGACAAGAACUGUGUGGUCGCUGCAAAGACAAGAGAUUCUCCUGUGGCAAUAUUUACAGCUUUAAAUAUGUCGUGUGACUUGUACAGGACCCCUGAGCUCUUCUUGUAACUUGCUGUGCUGUCUUCCUUUUCUGCAACUCGGUUCUGGCAUUGGAAAAUGGACUAGGCUUUUGUACUUUUUGUAGGUUGUGUAACAAUUGUACAAUGAGAAUAGAAUAAAAUAAAUGCAUGUGAACUAGACCAUGAAGGCACAUUAAUUGGUGAUCCUAGGGUAAAAACAUCAAUAUAGAGCAUUGGGAAA